AUGGAAAGCAAGGAACAAGUUCAAAAAGCCUCCCAGUUCGGGUAUAAAUGUGGAAAGAAGAGGAAUAUGACACGUGAUUUUCGGGAAUCAGUUCGGACUUGUAAUCGUAUAUGUUAUGGUUAUAGUGAGAGUGGACAUAUUUAUUCUGAAUGCCCGAAGGCGUCAAAAGAAAUACCAAAAUGGGUUGGUCGGGGUGAUAGAGGAAAUCCUCGGGAGGAAAGAAAGACAGAUGUUGUGAUAGGUACCUUCACUUUAAAUUCACUCCCGGUUUAUGUGAUAUUUGAGUAUGGUGUAACAUGUUCCUUUGUAUUUGUUAAAUUUGCUUCUCAUUUAACAACACAAUUAACCCCGAAAAAUGAGCAUAUUUUAGUAGAAGUUUUAGACGGGAGAUAUGUAUUGGUAAAUGAGGAAUAUCAUGAGUGUCGACUUGGGAUUUACGGGACCGAAUUCCUUAUAAAUCUUAAACCGAUCACUACCAGAGAAAUUUGA